AUGACUGAUUACCGUCUGCCGAUCCAUCAACCGCCGCCGGCUCGGAAGCCGGUCGCGGGGAUGCAAUCUGGAUUUCCCUACCAGUCCUACGAAGGGGCCCACCACCAGCUUGCCCCUCACCCGUCUACCGCCGCCCUCGCGCAUAACCGUCGACGAACAUCCUCCUCUCACGUUAUACCCUACAUGGGCCAGCAACAGCAGCAUUCUACCGGUCCCUCCCCACACCAUUCCAUGACGGCUGCGGCCCCCUAUCCACCUUCGAGACGCCUAUCCAGUGCAACCACCUCCACUAGCUCCACCGGCAAUAAUCCGAAUAUGUACUAUAGUGGUAAUGUUUCGGAUAUUCGUCGAAGUACAUCAUCGCGCUCGGCCAACGCCCAGCUGGGAUACGUCGCCUUGAUGCGGAGGCAGAAGGCGACUGUUUGGUGUGACCGGGCCCAGCCAGAAGAUCCGCGACUGCGGGCUCAGAAGUUGGUGGAUAAGAAGCGGGCAUACCUGGAAGUCCAUGGCGCAGGCGCCGGACGUACGGGUACCCUGGGAAGCGGCAAAAACAAGCACGGCGCUAAAGGGGGCACUGACUUUUCACCCUCGGCGCUUGUCGGUGCAACGGUUCCAGUUCGCCUGAGUGCCAACGAAGUGGGCGAUGCCGACGAGGAUGCCCACAGCGAUCGUGGAUUCCCGUAUCGCCGCACCGGCAGUGGCCGCAGUUCGCUCGGAAGCAACUCGCGUUAUCCGAGUGGGUAUCAGCGAAGCACUGUGGGUAGCAGUGGCUCUCCAUCGAACGAGAUGAGCGACUUGCCCGACGUUUCCGAGCACCCUCGAGCAGAAACCGCCGAGGCCGAGGCAGAACAUGCUUCCAUCAAGGAUAACGCCUCUCUGAAUAGCUUAGGCAGUGAACCGGAAGACAAAUUCGGCACUCUGGCAGAUAUGGCUGCCCCCAGCGCUGCACAAGCCGCCAUCGAGAAGGCCAAGAAGGCGGAUGAGCUGAGGCGCCGGGGCAGCGUGGACGAUAGGACCACAUCAAUGACCAAUGUCCGACUCUUUGUUGCGAACCCAGAUCUGAGUGAUUAA